AUGUCCUUCUUCGAUCUCCUCCCCGACGAGCUGCUCCACCACAUACUGCACUAUCUCUCCCCCGAAGAGACCCUCGAGACUGUCGCGUUCCUGUCCCGUCGCUUCAACAGCAUCGCCCAGGAGCCUCUGCUGUGGAAGUACUAUUGCCGAUCCAGCUUCAGGUAUUGGCAGGCCGAACACCGCUUCGACGACAAAGUACACGCCGAACUCCACCAUGUCCACUGGAAGCGCCUCUACCUUCUGCGACUGGCGCGCAAUCGCCACAUAGCUGGUCUGGUUGACGGUAUUGUCGCCUCGCACAUCGCUCGCCUCGAGAAGACCGAGAAGAUAUGCAGAUACGGCUACGAUGCCAAGGACUACCUUCUGUCCCAGUGCCGUAUCGACGAAUCUGCCGACGACGUCUUGGCCAGGAGGUACUAUUCGUGCACCGUACUCGACAGCAUACACCGGAGCCUCGCUAUCGAAGAAUGGGCCAAAUACCAGGAUCAUGCCGCCCGUCGCAUCGACGAGAACACCCCAAAUGGCGAGAAACUCAACUGUGGCAUGCGGCUUGAGCGGGCACUUGGCGCCUUUGACAUGUUCAUGCUUCACGACAAUGAGGGUGAUCUGGAUGAGAUAUCUCAGUUACUAGAUGACAUGGCAUCGCGAUUUCGCACUGCCUACUCGGACGUCGACCAGAUGACAACGCGGCAGAAGGCUACCACUUUGGCACGAUGGCUGCAUGCCAACAAUAUGACUGGCCUCAAUGAUCCGAGCGAAGAAACAUAUCGUUACUUGCGCAACUGUCUUAUCGGCAGAGCCCUUCGCGAUGACCGCCAUCCAUCCCUACCCAUCAUAUCAGCAGCCAUCUAUUCGUCGAUUGCGUCGCGAGUUGGGAUUGAAGCCUACCCGUCAGCCCUACCCAAUCACGUCCAUGCUAUCGUCCUCGCCCCUCCAGGAAUAUCCUUGGAUGGCUCGGUGCGAUCGCAGGAGGAUGCGCAGCAGCAGGAGACCAUGUUUCUCGACCCUUACGGAUCCGACGAAGAGGUCCCAAUCGAUUAUAUCCAGAACUUCCUUUUCCGACUCGGCGUUCACACUGGCCAUGACAAUCUGAUGCGUCCCACAGCCACAGACUUGAUCGUGAUGAGGACAGCCCAGAAUAUCCGGGCGUCCUUCACCAGCUUCAGGACCGGCGGGCGGCCCCUUUCUCAGCUGAUACCCAUGAUUGAACUUAAUCGAGGUGACUGGGCCCGCAACUUACAGCCAGCGCUGUAUAGCAUGAUUUGGGCCAGCAUCAUGAUGGUGCCCGUGCUGCCUGAAAAUGAGGAUGUGCGAUGGGAUUGGCAGCAGGAUGUUCGCGACCUGCUCGUAUAUUUCUACGAGUAUUUCCCCGAGGAUUCCUGGCUUAUUGAGAAAUACGUCUGCCCCAUGUACGAUGCUUUCGCCGCUCCAUCACGACGUCAGAAUAACUGGGAGCUACCCUCGAAAAGAGUUCGGGACCAGAUUAGGGACAUUCGUCGGGUCGACGUGUCGACCAGGGCCCCCCGACGGCGCAGCGAGCUCGCUGAGGGUAUUGAUGUCAAGUUUCGCGUUGGUCAGGUCUUCAAGCACAAGCGAUAUGACUAUCACGGUUUGAUCCUGGGCUGGACGGUGGAUGGGGCCGGAGGCAUCACAAAUUGGGAGCAAGGGGCCCCGCUUCGUGAUCAAUGGGGAGGCUAUAGUGAGCCCUUCUAUCGUUGCAUGAUCGGGACGGAUGGUUCUGAUCAUCACAUCAUUGCCGAAGGGAGCAUCGAGGCCGUCCAACUCCGCGGCGGAGUAGAUGUAUUACCAACCAUGAUCAGAGACCUGAUCCCCAUGGCUGGCAAAUUCUUCAAACGCUGGGAUGGCGAGAAAGGUAUUUUUGUAAGCAACUUGACGGAGCUUUUCCCCGAGGAUUGA